GAGGAUACGGUCGCACUGCAACUUUCGCAGCGAAAUUUUUUUAUUUUUAUUUAAUAUUUCUUUUCUUUGAAAUAAAGUUAUUUAAUUUAAAAUACAAUAUCAAUUCAAUUAACAACCGUAAACGUCAACAACUGAAUAAAGAAAAAUUACAAUGAACGGGAAGUGAUAAAAUCGAGCCAACAGGCCGCCUAAUCGGCCACCAAGAUCCGAUCUCCACCUAAAGUAAUGAAACGAACAUAGAGUGAAAAUAAAGAAGUGACGUUUGCAGUGUCUAAAAUCUGAAGCUUAACUUCAUAUUAUUGCAUAUUGGAAGAAAAAAAUGAUUAUGAUAUCGUGAUGGCGAAAAUGGCAUCUGGUGACCUUUCGUUGACCAGCACAAGCAGUCAAGAGGAAGAAAGUUCGGAAUAUGUGGGCUAUGAUAAUACAUUGCGCCCGCCUUCGAACUCGAGUGGUAGCACAACGGCCGCCAAUAUGGCCAACAACAAUGGACCAACAAAGGUGGUCAACAGUGUAGGAGGCGGUGGGGGAGUUGGUGGCAAUGGAAAGAAAUAUGAACUACUGCAAUCACAGUACGAGUCGGCGAUGUGUGACCUCACCACGCUUCGACAUCAGCAUUCAAACUCGGAGCGACGUUGUGAUGAGCUCGCGACGCAACUAAAUCUGUAUCAAGAGCACUACAUGGCCGAUCGAAACAAGUAUACGGACAUUGUGGCUGAGAGCGCGCGCCUAAAACAUAAAUUGAUGUUGCUUGAGAAUCAAAAUCAAAACAACGGAAAUCCUUCAGCUGCGCAGCCAUCGACUCCCGGCAAUAAUGCGUUUUACUAUGGUAAAAUGCAAACGCCUUGCGAUGGCAGUUGUAACAGCAGCGAGAAGUUAGCAGAAAUGAAGAAGGAACGCAAUUUGAUAGCUAUGGAACGUGAGAAAUACAAGAAAUCCUACAUUGAAUUGGAAAAGGAGCGAAACUUUUAUCGUGAACGUGGCGACGAGAAUCAAACCUUAAAAGUUCUCUUGUCUAAGGAGACAAAACACGUAGUUUCCCUGACAGAGGAACUAAAUCAGCUGCUCUCUGAGAAAGAUAAUGUGUUGCAGGAGCAUCAAAAAAUGUCGGACGACCUGGCGUUGGCCAACAAGGAAAUCGAUCGUCUCAAAAAAGAUGAGCUUGUAUACAAGUCCGAAUUGAAAUCGCUACAAUUAGCAAAUGCCGAGCACAAGAAACGCGAUCUGCUCAAAUCGCGCGAAAGCAGUUGGUCUAAGGAGUUCAGCAACGACAGCAAAGAGGAGUUGGAAAAGCUACGCAAGAGCCUUGACAAGGCUCAAUCUGAAGUGGAGCGCGCAUUGCAAGACGCCGAAGAGGCGAAGCGUGUGCGAGACUGGGCAAUCUCACAGCGUGAGAAAAUCGUACAGGAGCGUGACUCGGUGAAGACGCUCUGUGACAAUUUGCGCAAGGAACGUGACAAGGCGAUAUCCGACUUGUUAAUGGCCAUACGCGACAGUGAGAAAAUUAAGAAGCAAAAGGAUGAGGCACAGAAGAAAAUUGAUGCGCUCAAGGAGCAGCUGGAGAGUCAGACAAUAUCGACAACAGCAACGCCCUUCGACACUGCAUCGCGUCGUAGCUUUCGCUUGAGCAGCUAUGAAAGCGGCGAAGAUCUCCUGGAAAUUGAAUUGUGCAACUACCAUGACUCAGAUCUGGGCAUUAUCCUUGAUGACAGCAACAAGCGUCAGCUGGUUUGCGGGGUCACCAACAGCUCGUCAGCGUUUGGCAAACUCAAAAUUAACGAUGUUAUUUGCAAGGUGAACAAUCUGGAAUGUCAGGGACUGUCUAAACGCAUGGUCCUCGACGAGAUACGUGCUUGUGCGCCACGCUGCCUCUUGCUCGUUUCCCGCACUCGUCACAGCAAAAGACACUCGUAUGCCGUGCAACUCAAGACAAAUAGCCGCGAUGCCAUCGGACUGCAGCUGGAUAUGGGCGUUUUUAUAGCAAAGAUAGAGCCCAAUUCGCUGGCCUUCUACGAGCCGGAGCUGGACGUGGGGGAUCGCGUGCUGAGUAUUAACAACAAAUCAAUGGAUUCAUUGCAGUCCAUCGAUGAGGUGAUGCAGCUGCUUAACACUGAUACUGUGAACAUAUUUGCUUUGAAGUAUGUGCCUGAACAGCAGUCGGAUUCCCAUUGUCGCAUGACCAGUUCAUCAGCGCAAACCGAUAGCUCCAUUGAUUCCAUGCAACAGUUGAAUAGUAGCAGCGGUGUUGCUAGCGGCAGCAGUAGCGCUGCUAAACAUCCGUCCAAAUUUGCGGACUUUCUCCGUAAACUGAAGUUCAGUAAACCGGGUACGGCCGAUGACAGCUUCGAGCAGGAGCACGAUGUUGCUAUUGCGGCGCUAGAUUCGGUGCUAAGCGAAAAUAGCUCAGAGAAGAGCAAAGAGAAUCUCUUCAAGCGUCACAAGCGCGGCAAAAAGGGAGAAAAGGAGGCUAAAAGUAUGGGUACUUGGCCUCGCACUAAUAUCUCACACGACAAUCCAACAGGCACCAUAGUCCAACGUGGUGGCGAAAAGAAACGUGCGCUUAUGUCGCUCUUCACUGCCGGUCCCAUCAAUGUGGAUAAGGACGAUGAUGUUGUUGAGCAGGUUGAGCCAAAGCCACAAAUGCAACUUCAGGAGCUGCCGCCGCCGCCGCUGCCUCCGCAGUUGUCUAAGCCGCGUAAUAUUAAUGGUGGCGCGAUCAAAACACAUCCCAAUCGCAAUUCAAACCCUGUUAGCAAUGUGGCCUCUACACUCUUCCAGCCCGGCAAUGUCGGCGUAACCUAUCCGCGUCACUCAUUGUAUGGGGGUGUCGUCACCGCAUCGACUGAGGACAAGCAACUAAUGCAGCGACCCGCACCGCUAAUGGGUGCAAAUGCACGCGUUAAGCUACACGGGCAAGAACGUUCCAUCCGUUCACACAACCCCCAUCGUUUUUCACUGAAUAUACCACCCAGUGGUGGUGAUUUCUAUCAGCCGAAAACCAGCGGUCAACAGGCACAGCAGCAGGUCGUCCCAGCAGUUGCUGCUGGUGAGUUUCCAACUCGCAAGCAACAAAUGUUUGAUAUGUUCCAGCAGCCAGCGCCACCUCUUCCCCUGCCACUGCCUAAAGUGAACACCACAUUUAUGCCGCUCCAUCCGCCGCCUCGUGUUUCUGGCGGCAGCGGCUCGGCUGGCUCUAGUUCGGGCGGACCAGUGGAUAUUAUAUCGCUCAAGUCACAAAACUCUAUUGAGUCCAUGCUGUCGGCUAAGAGUCCACCAAUAAGUGAGUGCAGUGUCUACAGGAAACGAAAUGUGCCGCCGAUGCCACCAAAGCACGUGCCCAAAUAUCCCAGCGACAGUGAGAGCAUUGGCUCUGGCAUUUUGGUCACAGGAGGGCACAAUUACUUGCCGCCGCAUCAGGCCCACUUGGGGACAGUGGGCAAUCGGCAUACGCAACUCUUUCCCAGUUUUCAGCCCAGCAGUCAUGGUGCACGUUACAUGCGCCGCUCCAGUCCCUUAACGUUGCCCUCACCGCCGCCGCCAACCAUGGCAUCGAUACCGCAGGCGCCGCAGGCGGCACAGCUAGAAAAUACUAGUAAUAACAGCACCAUUGGCAUACCCACUGAUCUGGAUUUUGUGGCAGGUCAGCACACGCAGCAGCAUCCACAUACACAUCAGCACAGCCAGCACCCGCCGUAUAUCGACUAUAGUCAACCGCAGACAAAUUAUCCGUAUAGUCUCGCUGGCGUAGUGGGGUCGGGGAAUGGUGUUAUUUAUGAAGGCGGAACCUUUCCGCGAAAAAAAGACAAUCAACGCCUACGCAUUCCGUCGAAUCCCAGCGUGGCCAGCAACAGACAGAACAGCAGCAGCCUGGUCAAGAACAGCUCCGGAUCCAUUGAUCAUCACUAUGGUACCAGCAGCAACGCCGGUGUGCCCGUUUCGUUAAUGAACUCAGCGCUGCACACGAACUAUGCCGCCAAUGUGAAUAGCAUUAAUGGAGGUGGGGGUGGCGGUGGCGGCGGAGGCAGUGGAAGGGGCUCGCCGAUGCCUCAGGUACAUGUGGAGGUACUAAGCCAUGGCGGGCCAAGUGGCAGUGGCAAACGCAAUUCGAAUGUUGCCACGGAUUUUUUAUGCCCUGGAGACCUUAGAAGAGUCACGAUCGAUAAGCGCGAUAAGUCGCUAGGUAUUACCAUACAGUGCAACAAAAAUGCCGGUGGUAUUUUUGUAUCAACAGUUGCCGACAAGAGUACCGCAAUGCGUGCCGGUCUUCAGGUGGGCGAUCAACUCUUGGAAGUAUGUGGCAUCAAUAUGCGUGCAGCUACUAAUGAAAUAGCAGCAAAUGUGCUGAGACAGUGCGGUGAUUCCUUUACAAUGCUGGUGCAGUAUAAUCCAGAGAAGUUUCACACAACUGAGUACGAAGGCAUACACAAUUUGGAACCAGAAUCUCCUCUUAAUCAUUCAGGCUCGCCAACUCCUAGAAAUUCUCCGCGGCCGCCGGCUCGUAGUGUGCAAACGACAUUGCCGAUGCAGCCGCUGUCUUUGCUUCCGUCCGCGGUAUCCGUUACACGUGCGCCGCUCUCUCAUCAAUCCAUUAAGGAUCAGAGUUUUACAGACAGCUUGGAAAAUCAGUCGGACAUUAGCAGUAGCCAAGAUAUGCCGUCAUCGGCGGCCACAACAACCACGACAACCGCAUCGGCUACUUCAACCGUUUACGACGAGGAUACUAAGCUCAGUCUGACCUCAGCUCCGACAUCAGUGUCGACAGAAGCUCUGCGUUUUGUGACGCUACACAUGGAUAAGUCUAAGAAUCUGGGCAUUAAACUUUUUGGUGGCAACAAAGUAGGAAUCUAUGUGCACGAUGUGGCACCCGGUUCCCCAUCAGAUCACGCCGGUAUACGUAAGGGGGACCUCAUAUUGGAGUACAAUGGGGUCGAUUUAAGCGGAGUUACUGCCGAACAGGCUGCGAAUGAGAUCUCGAAGCUUACGGACACUGUUACAAUGCUCGUGCAGAACAAAUUGCAAACACUCAAGCAAAUCAAGGAUAAACCAGGCGAUUCGUUCUAUAUACGAGUGGGGUUUGAUCGCAUUGGGGAACUUAAUGAGGAGGAUUUGCGUUUUAUAAAGGAUGAGGUGCUUUAUGUGGAUAAUACGGUUUUCAAUGGAACGUUCGGUCUAUGGCGCGCAUGGAAAUUAGAUGCAAUGGGGCAUCGCAAGGAAUGCGGCGUUAUUCCCAGUCAAAUGAAGGUGGAGGAGGAGUUGCGUUCGGGCGAAGUAGUGGAUUGUGAUACAGGCACUGCGCGACGCGGCAGCACGUCAGCACGUCGAUCUUUUUUUCGUCGCAAAAAAAACCAGCGAAGCUCUUCGCGCGACUCAACGGAGAUAGCAAGUUUUAGCAACACACAGCUUAGUUUUUUUCCUGACUCAGGCAUUCUAAAUGAUGAUGGUGGCGUCCUUAGCUAUCAGCGGGUAGAGCUUCUAGACUCACCAAUACGUCGACCAGUGCUAAUCAUUGGACCACUGUCGGAGUGCUUGAUAGAUCGUUUGAAGAUCGACUUUUCAAAUUUGUUUAAAUUGUGCGAAGUAACGACAAUGGACUGUUCACAGGAAGCGAUGGAGGAGGGUCUCAAGGAGAAUAUAUUCGUAGACUAUCGUCGACGUGGCAAUAAAUUCGAAUGCACCACCGUGGAAGCUAUCAGUAAUGCGUGCAAAAUUGAUCGGCGCCAUUGCAUUUUGGAUGUGUCGAUCUCAGCGGUGGAGCGUCUGCAACGCUUGCAAAUUUAUCCGAUUGUUUUGUUGCUACGCUUUAAGUCGGCCAAACAAAUUCGCGAUAUCCGGGACUUUGGCACCGACAAAAUAUCAGCCAAGGCAGCUAAGGAGAUGUACGAACGGGCAUUGAAAUUGGAGUUUGACUACAAACAGUAUAUAUCCGCCGUAAUUCCUGGAGUCAGCAUUAAACACAUGUGCACACAGAUCAAGGAUGCUGUUGAUAAGGAACAGGACAAACUUCUCUGGGUCCCUAUUACAAAUGGCUAGCACAACUUACCGAGUUGUAAAGUUUUCUAAGAUUUAAGUAUAUGCAUAUAUAUAUAUGAUGAUAGUAUUGGAGUGCGUAUUAAUAUUAUACAAAAUUUUUGUAUUCGUUUCGCUCAACAUAGAGUAUUCAAUGUCGUCUAUGCUAAACGCAUAUUUUGCCCACAUAUUACGUUUGCAUUAAGGGCGCCGUAUUUCUGUAUGUUUUUCCAUGUCUGAUCUAGUUUAUGUAACUCUUAAAUACUUGUGAAAUAAUUGUUGUUUGUCUG